AUGUUAAAUAGUAUUGCUGAAUUCUUAAGGCGUAUAGAUCAAUUUGGUGCAAGUUACAAACCAAGUUAUGCUCAUGGAGAAGUUUAAUUCAAAACAAGUUUAGGGGGGUUGCUAUCUAUAGUGCUUUAUGGAUUAAGUUUAGCUUACUUAAUCUAUGAAUUAAUUUUAUGGAAAUCUGGAAAAAUUUUACCAAAAAUAACAAGUUUGUAAACAGAAAUUGAAACUUAUUCUCUUUAAUUUGAUAAAGUAACUAUAGCCUCUUUUUGUUUGAGAAAACAUACUAGUAUUCAUAAUUAAAUUGAUCCAUUUGAUCCCAACAAUGUAAUUUUAUUGCCAUUAUUAUAUGAAAUCUUAAAUGAUGAAUUUUAAGAACCUUAAACUUUAUUAUCAACUAAAAAAUCAGAAAAACAUGGGACUUAUUUAAUUGAAGUCAAAAAUAUAGAAUUAUCUAAUAAUGAACAUGAAUCUGAAGAUCAUCCAAAUAAAGAAUAUUUUUUGAUAUUCUAGGAAUGUGUUUAGAAUCUUUUACCUGAAGGUUGGCAAUGUGCUGAUGAAGAUAGAAUUAAACACUUCUUUAAUCAAAAACAGAAUUAAUUAUAAAUAUAAACAUUUGUAAAUUAAUAUAAUACUUCAACGAAAAAAAUUGAUAUUGUUGAACAAGAUUAUUAUGCUUCCUUUGAUAAUAAAACUACAUAUUUUAGUUAAAUUGUUGUUGGUUCUACUAAUAUUACAUUAGAUACAGGAUUUUUAUUAGAAAGUUUAGAGAUCCUUGAAUUUCCAAGUUCAUUAUAAUCUUAUAUCUAAUAAAUGGACUUAGAUUAUUUUGCUCAUUCUUUUUAAAAUAAAAUAUUUAUAGCUUUUGAAUUUGAAUUAGGUACCUUAUAAUAAACUGUGUUUGUAGAAUAUCCUAAAGUAUCUGAAGUAUUGGCCAAUAUUGGAUCAAUUAUUUCUUUCUUUUUAUUCUUUUCUCAUAUAGCAUACAUGAUAAAUGAAAAGAAUUUAGAACUAAAGGUAUUAAGAACAUUAAUUGAAAUGUAUUAUCCUUAAAUCAAAGAUAUUACAUUUAAAAAAAAUUGUUUUGGAAAAGUAUAUUAAAUUUUAUAUAAAAACUCAAAACUUUCUUUAUCUUUUUUAGAAACUUAUAAUAAAUUUUUGAAGAUUGCUUAAGCUAAAUUAUGUCUAACAAAUUAAUUAUAUGAAAUCUCAAGAUUAUAAUUUAUAUUAACAUAGAUAUGUGAUAAAUAAAUAUUUAGAGAAUGUCAUGAUGUUGGAAUACGAUUAAAAUUAUUGGAUUUAGAACAAGAGCCAGAUAAAAAUAAAAAACCUAAUAUAAUAAAAAUAGAUAAUAUUAUUCCAUAAGAAUUGAAAAUAGAAAAUAUAGAAAGCAAUUCAAUUGAAGAAAUGAAAAUUAUGAAGAUUGUAAAAUUGCCAUUAAUUUUUAUAGAAUCCUUAAGUUUCUAUUGAAAUACGAUAAAAUUCCAUUUAAAUGUAAUAACUAAACUAAUCAUAAAGUUUAUUUUUAGGUAAGAUGAUUGAAAAUGAAGGACUUAAUGAUGAUGAUUAAAAAUUAUCAGAUGAAGAUUUUUAUUUGUUAAUAUAUAAUUAGUAAGUAAAAGAUGAAAUAUAGCAUUAACCAAAAUUUAAAGAGUAGAUAUAAAUUGAAUUUGAAACUGUAACUCCUUAAAAUUAAUAUCAAGUUUAAAAUUGA